AUGAAAAAAUGGGAGAGUUCAGACUUUGAAGAAUCUGAGGACCAACCCCAAGAGGACUCCGGCCCAGACCUUGUGGAUGGAGACCCUAACUCCAGGCUAGCUGCAAACAAUCCCCACAGCCUCCCCAAGAACCAGAGCCAGCGAUUUGGGAAGUGUGACUGGGAGGGAGCUUCUGCCAUCGACUGUUCACAUGAAGAAGGCAAGUUGCCAUCCUGCCCAACCAUCAGAAUCAGUCCUGCUAUCAUCAUCCAGAGGUCUACGGAGGGCCCUACCUACUCCAGGCUGCUGCCCCAGAAUUCGGUCCACGUGGGGACCAAGAAGAACCUCCAGCUCUAUGAUCGCAGGAAGAUCUUUGAAGCUGUGGCCCAGAAUAACUGUGAGGAGCUGGAGAACCUGUUGCUCUUCCUGCAGAGGAGCAAGAAACACCUCAUGGACAGCGAGUUCAAAGACCCGGAGACGGGGAAGACCUGUCUGCUGAAAGCCAUGCUGAACCUGCACGACGGGCAGAACGACACCAUCCCCCUGCUCCUGGAGAUCGCCCGGCAGACCAACAGUCUGAAGGAGUUCGUCAACGCCAGCUACACGGAUAGCUACUACAGGGGCCAGACGGCGCUGCACAUUGCCAUCGAACGGCGGAACAUGGCUCUGGUGACACUCCUGGUGGAGAACGGGGCAGAUGUCCAGGCUGCAGCCAAUGGCGACUUCUUCAAGCAAACCAAAGGGCGACCCGGCUUCUACUUUGGUGAGCUGCCUCUCUCCCUGGCCGCGUGCACCAACCAGCUGGGCAUCGUGAAGUUCCUGCUGCAGAACUCCUGGCAGCGGGCGGACAUCAGCGCCAAGGACUCGGUGGGCAACACGGUGCUGCAUGCGCUGGUGGAGGUGGCUGACAACACGGCCGACAACACCAAGUUUGUGACGAGCAUGUACAAUGAGAUCUUGAUCCUGGGGGCCAAGCUCCACCCCACGCUGAAGCUGGAGGAGCUCACCAACAAGAAGGGGCUGACGCCGCUGUCUCUGGCUGCCAGGAGUGGGAAGAUCGGGGUCCUGGCUUACAUUCUGCAGAGGGAGAUCCGGGAGCCUGAGUGCAGGCACCUGUCCAGGAAGUUUACCGAGUGGGCCUACGGGCCUGUACACUCCUCGCUCUACGACCUGUCCUGUAUCGACACUUGUGAGAACAACUCGGUGUUGGAGGUGAUCGCCUACAGCAGCAGCGACACACCUAAUCGCCAUGACAUGCUCUUGGUGGAGCCACUGAACCGACUCCUGCAGGACAAGUGGGACCGAUUUGUCAAGCGGAUCUUCUACUUCAACUUUUUUGUCUACUGCUUGUACAUGAUCAUCUUCACCACGGCAGCCUACUACAGGCCUGUGGGAGGCUUGCCUCCUUUUGAACUGAAACACACUGUUGAAGACUAUUUCCGAGUCGUUGGAGAGAUUCUUUCGGUACUGGGGGGAGUCUACUUUUUUUUCCGUGGGAUUCAGUAUUUUCUGCAGAGGCGGCCGUCACUGAAGUCCUUGUUUGUGGACAGCUACAGUGAGAUGCUAUUCUUUGUGCAGUCACUGUUUAUGCUGGGAACUGUGGUGCUGUACUUCAGCCACUGCAAGGAGUAUGUGGCCUCCAUGGUGUUCUCCCUGGCCAUGGGCUGGACCAACAUGCUCUACUACACCCGCGGCUUCCAGCAGAUGGGCAUCUAUGCUGUCAUGAUUGAGAAGAUGAUCCUGAGAGACCUGUGUCGCUUCAUGUUCGUCUACCUCGUUUUCUUGUUCGGGUUUUCCACAGCUGUGGUGACGCUGAUUGAGGAUGGGAAGAAUACCUCGGAGGAUGGGAAGAAUACCUCGGUGGUGGUGGUGGACACCGCCCCGUCGUUCAGGCGAGGGACUGGAUGCCGGUCCCCCAACAGCAACUACAACAGCCUGUACUUCACAUGCCUGGAGCUUUUCAAGUUCACCAUUGGCAUGGGGGACCUGGAGUUCACGGAGAACUAUGACUAUAAGGCUGUUUUCAUCAUCUUGCUCCUGGCUUACGUGAUCCUCACCUACAUUCUCCUGCUCAACAUGCUCAUUGCCCUCAUGGGCGAAACUGUCAACAAGAUCGCGCAGGAAAGCAAGAACAUCUGGAAGCUGCAGAGAGCCAUCACCAUCCUGGACACGGAGAAGAGCUUCCUUAAGAGCAUGAGGCGGGCCUUCCGUUCAGGCAAGCUGUUGCAGGUGGGGUACACACCUGACGGCAAGGACGACUACAGGUGGUGCUUCAGGGUGGACGAGGUGAACUGGACCACCUGGAACAAUAAUGUGGGCAUCAUCAAUGAAGACCCAGGCAACUGUGAGGGUGUCAAGCGCACCCUGAGCUUCUCCCUGCGGUCAGGCAGAGUUUCAGGGAGAAACUGGAAGAACUUUGCCCUGGUUCCUCUUUUAAGAGAUACAAGUACCCGAGAAAGACAACCUGCUCAGCCGGAGGAAGUUCAGCUGAGGCACUUUGCAGGGUCCCUCAAGCCAGAAGAUGCUGAGCUCUUCAAGGAUCCUGCUACUUUAGGGGAGAAGUGA